UUCUUUUUUUUUUUUACUUAUACAAACCAUGACUAUUACUACUACGAUGAUGAUCAAUCACCAUACACAUUCUAGUUUCUGUCCUAAAUGUGGUGUUGAUGUCUCACAAUUCUCUCAUGAAAGCCAUUGUCCUCAUGCAUAAAUGUCCUUUUUGUCAAUCUACUCUCCUUGUCUUUCUCUAUCGAUCGAUCGAAUUUUUUUUUUAUUUUGUCAUUCUCUAUUUUUUAUUAUUAUUAUUAUUAUGCUGGUCCAUCCAAUCAUUUCUUCUUCUCUCUAUAGAAGGUUUAUAUUUAUACAAUUUAUAUAUCUCAACAUCCAUUUUGUACAUGAUCAUCUAUAUUUUUUUUUUGUUAUGAUACUUUCUCCUUUCCCUUCUUCUUUUGGUAUAUACCCUUAGCUAAACAUCUCCUCUCCAUUCUCUCACUUUUUUUUUUUAUGAAAGUUUUCUGUUUUCUUUUUUAUUCCUUUUUAUGUUAAUAAAAAAGCUGGCCACAAACAGAUCUGAUAUCUAUUUUUUUUAAAUGCUGUGAAUAUAUGUUUCAAAUCAAUCUUUAUUUUUUUUUUUUUAAAAAAAAAAGGGUCU